AUGUGGCUUCCCAAAAAACAGCCUUCAAAUUUGAUUUUCAUAUUUCUUACACCUUUGGUUCUGAUUUCAGUGAUUGCUUGCAUUGUAUUGCAGGCUCCUGAACUGAUUGCUUCUCCUUCGUCACUUUCUUGGAAAUCUGUUGGUUUCUUUAGGUCAUAUUCUUUGAUUUCCUUCAAAGGAAACCGUAAUGGAAUUUUCAAUUUAGUUGGACAGGUUGAAACUUCAUCUAAUGAGGGUUCAUUACAUCAAAAGCUGGUGGCAAAUGAAAGAACUGAUAAUAAUCAGUCUUCUCCAUUUGAAAAGAAAAGGGAGGAAGUAGUGAUCAAGAAGUACAGCAGGAUAGAGAGGCUUGAAGCCAUUUUGGCCAAAGCUAGAUCUUCUAUUCAAGAAGCUGCUCGAAAUAAAAGCUUGAUUUCGAACCAUGAAGAUCCUGACUAUGUUCCACAAGGGCCUGUCUACAGGAAUGCCAACGCAUUUCAUAGGAGCUAUCUCGAAAUGGAGAGGUUGUUCAAAAUAUAUGUAUACGAAGAAGGCGAACCACCGAUAUUCCACGAUGGCCCAUGCAGAAGUAUAUAUUCAACAGAAGGAAGAUUGAUCCAUGAAUUGGAAAGGGGAAAUUUUUAUAGAACAAAAGAUCCAGAUGAAGCCCUUGUCUAUUUUCUUCCUUUCAGUGUGGUAGUAAUGGUUAAAUAUCUGUAUGAACCUGGUUCUCAUAAUAUGCAUGCUAUUGGACGCACUGUUGCUGAUUAUAUAGAUACAGUUUCUGGUAAAUAUCCCUUCUGGAAUAGAACUCUAGGAGCUGAUCACUUCAUGCUCUCUUGCCAUGAUUGGGGUCCUCGUUCAACAUCUUAUGUACCACAAUUAUACAACAAUUCCAUCAGAGUUCUAUGCAAUGCAAACACUUCUGAAGGAUUCAAUCCUCUCAAAGAUGUAUCAUUACCAGAAGUCAAUCUCAAGACUGGAGAAUUAACUGGCCUUAUAGGUGGAUCCUCCCCCUCAGAAAGAUCAAUAUUAGCCUUCUUUGCAGGCCAUUUACAUGGAGACAUAAGGUAUCUCCUAUUACAGCAGUGGAAAGAAAAAGAUCAAGAUGUACAAGUCUAUGAAGAAGUUCCAAAAAAUGUUUCUUAUGAAUCAAUGCUAAAAAAGAGCAAGUUCUGUCUUUGUCCGAGUGGGUACGAGGUAGCAAGUCCUAGAGUAGUCGAGGCGAUUUACGCAGAAUGUGUCCCAGUUUUGAUAUCUGAUGGCUAUGUGCCCCCGAUGAGUGAUGUUCUUAACUGGGAGACAUUUUCAGUUUUUGUGGAGGUUAAGGAUAUACCUAAUCUCAAGAAAAUAUUGAUGGAUAUAUCUCAGGAACAGUAUUUGAGAAUGUAUGAGAGGGUGAAGCAGGUUCAAAGGCAUUUUGUUGUAAAUGGACCUCCUAAAAGAUUUGACCUUUUUCACAUGAUGAUUCAUUCAAUCUGGCUAAGAAGAUUGAACAUGAGAAUUCAUGAUUGA